GGGUUGGGCUUUAGGCAUUAUUGCCAUAAUCGACAUUGAAGGCCUCCCUCUCGGCCGCUCACUGCGCCUUCUGAAUUCGGCACCAAAUCUCAGCUAGCCGAUACGACCAUUUGCUUUCGUCUCAGUAUCAGCAAUGCCUCCGAAAGCUUCGAAAUCCAAGGAAGCUCCAGCUGAACGACCUAUUCUUGGCCGUUUUUCUUCCCAUCUCAAGAUUGGAAUUGUUGGAUUGCCUAAUGUUGGCAAAUCUACUCUUUUCAACACACUCACAAAGCUGUCCAUACCUGCUGAAAAUUUCCCAUUUUGCACCAUUGAACCUAAUGAAGCCAGAGUAAAUGUGCCUGAUGAGCGGUUUGAAUGGCUUUGCAACUUAUACAAACCGAAAAGCGAGGUUUCGGCAUUUCUAGAAAUCCAUGACAUUGCUGGACUGGUUCGAGGAGCUCAUGAAGGACAAGGGUUGGGCAACAGUUUCUUAUCGCACAUCCGUGCUGUUGACGGCAUUUUCCAUGUUUUACGUGCAUUUGAGGAUGCAGAUAUUAUUCAUGUUGACGAUACCGUGGAUCCUGUUAGGGAUUUAGAGGUUAUCAGUGAAGAGCUACGUUUGAAGGAUAUUGAAUUUAUGAAAAAUAAAAUUGAGGAUCUUGAGAAGAGCAUGAAGAGAAGCAAUGACAAGCAGUUGAAGAUUGAACUCGAGUGCUGCCUAAAGGUCAAGGCAUCGCUUGAGGAAGGUAAAGAUGUUCGUUUGGGUGAUUGGAAAGCUGCUGAUGUUGAGAUUCUCAAUACUUUUCAGUUGCUCACGGCCAAGCCUGUUGUUUAUUUGGUUAACAUGACAGAGAGAGAUUACCAAAGAAAAAAGAACAAAUUUCUCCCCAAGAUUCAUGCCUGGGUGCAGGAACACGGUGGUGAAACAAUUAUUCCUUUCAGUGGUGUGUUAGAAAGAAAUCUUGCGGAUAUGUCGUCCCCAGAUGAAUUAGAAAAGUAUUGUGAAGAGAACAAGGUUCAAAGUGGCCUUCCAAAGAUCAUAAAGACUGGUUUCUCGGCGAUCAAUCUCAUAUACUUCUUCACUGCUGGUCCUGAUGAGGUGAAAUGCUGGCAAAUUAGACGACAGACAAAGGCUCCUCAAGCUGCAGGGACAAUUCAUACUGAUUUUGAGAAAGGGUUCAUUUGUGCUGAGGUUAUGAAAUUUGAGGAUCUCAAGGAACUUGGCAGUGAGACGGCAGUCAAGGCUGCUGGAAAAUACAAACAAGAGGGAAAGACUUACGUGGUCCAAGAUGGAGACAUUAUAUUCUUCAAAUUCAAUGUUUCCGGAGGUGGCAAAAAAUGAGUCCCAUAUAACGUAAUAUCGAUCCUCUGUACUCUCUUUUAUUUAUUAGAUUUCUCGAGUCCCCUGUUUCUUUUUUUGGUUAUGUUAAUGUCUUACUGAAAUCAACCCUGAAUUUUGGACUUAGUAGCCUGUUUGAGCGUUGCUAUAAAGAAAUUCCUCUGUUUUUAAGUUAAAUUUAUAGAAACCCUACGUGAUAUUUACUGUUCUU